ACGCUAAAUUCUGUUUUUGACGUUUUGAAGCAUGCGAGUGCGAGUAAAUUCAAAAAACUUUGAAGUAGCUCGCACGCCGGAUCACACAUGACAAUAACUGGCAUGAUGUGUUCACACGGUGUGAGUAGCUGCACUGCAGUAACUGACUAGACCGACUCGUAUGCUUGCUCGCACCGUCUGAACCCGGCUUAAUGUGUAGACGGCCUAAGGAACCGGUUGUCAAUUUUCGUCCCAACAGUAGGCUGAGCGAUUCUCAUAUACCAUUUUCAACCACUUUUCCAUAGAAGCAGUCGUGUCAAAUCAGAAACGAUGGUGCCGAAGAAAAUUUUCAGAUACGUUGUCAAGGGGGCUCACUUUUACCGGAGUCGGAAUGGUCAAGGCUUCACCAUGGAUGAGUUGGUGACCUAUGUGUAUCUCAAAAAUAAUAAAAUGGACAGCCUUGAUAUGGUGAACGAAAUGGUAGAUCAAGCUGUGGAGGAACUGAAGCUUCUUGAACUUUUAGUUGAAUCUCGUGAUGGAACCAUAAAACUGCAUCCAUAUCGCACGUAUAAGAAGAUCAUCGACGCACCUCCAAUGGAAGAAGCUGAAGCUAGUUCUAGCGUUCGAAACUGGGAGUCGGUGCCUUUACAGUCGACUUCAUCAACGAUGGCUGGAACAUCAAAUAGUUCUCCCGGCUUACCUGAAGACCAAUCAUCAUCUAGUGAUGAGGAAGAACCAGAAAAUUCGAAACCCAAUCAUUCGGAGCCGGAUGCGAAUUCAAACCAAGGUCAUUCUACAAUUCAGACGGUAAAUCCCAAGACGGAGCCGGAUGUGGAUACAUCGAAGGAAAAUCGUGGGCCCGUUUAGUUCGUUGACUGACAUUUUCUAUAAAUGUAUUUUUUAUUCUAAUAAAUUAUCAGUUUACUGUAA